AUCUAGAAUUAUUUAGAGGUAAGGUUAUGUAGUCGAACACAUGUUUUGAAAUUGCAAGACUCAUUUAGAUCGAAUGCGAAUUAGUUAUUAGAGAAGUAUUUCUAUUUAUGUGACACGUGUGAACGAAAAUUAUGGAAAAGCGUCUGUCAAAGAUACCAGGAAAUCAUGGAAUUACAUAUGCGACUUUCGUCCUCGCUGACGAGGGACAUACUCUAGGAAAUGCACUAGCUCAUGUGAUAAAUGAGUAUCCUGGUAUAAAAAUAUGCGGUUACACUGUGCCACAUCCAGCAGAAAACAAGAUACAUUUUAAUAUUCAAACGACUGGGGAAAGUGCGAUUGAAGUGUUGAAGCGAGGUCUCCAGGAUCUUGAGAAAAUAUGCGAUCAUACACUCGAAACAUUUGACAAAGCUUACAAGAAAUUCAAAUCAAGUGACAUUCCUAUGGAUACUACGUAAUCAAGUGUCAUUUUCAUCAGAUUUCAUUAUAUUACAAAUGUUUUCUAAUUAAAUAAAAAUGUAUUAAGUUGUAUAUAUUAUUAAGA